AUGCUUCGCCCGAAAUUGUUUUAUCUGUCUUCUAUCUUCUUAGAAAACCCAGCAAAAUCACCCAAAACCAUCAAUAUGCAGUACUCCACCGUCUUCCUCUCCGCGCUCCUCGCAACUUCGGCUCUCGCCCAGCCAACUCGUCGCUCAACCUCGAUCCGGGUCCAGCUUUCCGGCCCAGGCGAGCUCGCCACCCAGACUGCCUUCGACGAAGGUGUCCGUCAAGCUAAGGGCCCCCAAGGCUCUACCGGCCCUUACGAUACCGUCGCACUCGAAGUCGGUAGCGGUGUAAAGCAGCAAGGUCUCCGAUGCCAAGUGCGCAACGAGCGCAACGAGCCCAUCGUUGUACUUCGCGGCGCCAACCGUGAUACCACUUUCGCCGACGGUGACGCUGGAUCCUGGCGCUUCGAGAGCGGCGCCCAAAACGUCGUUGCCAUCAUCUGCGACCCCGCCUUCGUCAAGGGCACAGCUGCUCCUGCCACUCCCAGCCCUGCCGCCCCCGCUGCUACACCGGCCACUCAGCCCCGCAUCAACGUACGCAUCUCUGGCCUCAACGAGUUCGCGUCCAACACCCAAUUCGUCCAGGGUGGCCUUGUUCGUGAGGUCCAGCGCGUCAGGGGCACCGGCGUCAACCAGUUCGAGCUUACUCUCGACCCUGCGGUCAAGAAGCAGGACUUGAGGUGCAGGGUCUUCGACGUUGCCGGCAAGCCGAUCACUGGUAAGCGCGGUGCUAACAUCGACACCACUUUCGCGGAUGGCGGCAACGGCCCCUGGAGCUUCAUCAACAACAACGGUGAGCCCAUCAAUGUCGACACCUUCGCCGUUGCUUGCGACCCGGCCUUUGUCAAGGCUGCCUAA